AUCGGAGGCGCCUAUUGAAGCUCCUCACCUUUCACUGUUCUUUUUCAGCGGAGAAAGAUUGUGAUUUGUUCGGGAACCUAUUAGCUUCAAACCUACGGGAUCAUCAUAAUCCGGGCCUGCAGGAUUUUUGGUAGAGAGUAUUACAUAAGUUCAGAGUGAGAGAGAUGAUGACUCGGAGCAUUGAGAAGAUGGGUUCCAUUGACGCUCAACUGAGGUUGCUGGCGCCGCGAAAGGUGUCUGAUGAUGAUAAGCUAGUCGAGUAUGAUGCUUUGUUGAUGGACCGCUUCCUUGACAUUCUUCAGGAUUUGCAUGGUGAAGACAUCAGAGAAACGGUUCAAGAUUGCUAUGAGCUGUCAGCUGUGUAUGAAGGGAAUCAUGCCCCUGGGAAGUUAGAGGAGCUUGGGAAUAAGCUGACUGGUCUUGAUGCUGGUGACUCUAUCGUGGUGGCCAAAUCAUUUUCUCACAUGCUGAAUUUGGCCAACUUGGCUGAGGAAGUCCAGAUAGCCUACCGAAGAAGGAUAAAGUUAUUAAAGAAGGGUGAUUUUGCUGAUGAGAACUCCGCCAUAACUGAAUCUGACAUUGAAGAGACUUUCAAGAGGCUUGUGAAUCAAUUGAAGAAGACCCCGCAGGAAGUGUUUGAUGCCAUGAAGAACCAAACUGUAGAUUUGGUCCUGACUGCUCAUCCUACUCAGUCUGUCCGUAGAUCUUUGCUGCAAAAGCAUUCGAGGAUAAGGAAUUGCUUAACUCAAUUGUAUGCUAAAGAUAUAACACCUGAUGAUAAGCAGGAACUUGAUGAGGCCUUACAAAGGGAGAUUCAAGCUGCAUUUCGUACAGAUGAAAUUAGAAGGAGUCCUCCUACCCCUCAAGACGAGAUGAGGGCAGGAAUGAGCUACUUUCAUGAAACAAUCUGGAAAGGUGUACCUAAGUUUUUGCGCCGGGUUGACACUGCUCUGAAGAACAUUGGAAUAAAUGAACGUGUUCCCUACAAUGCACCUGUGAUUCAAUUCUCUUCUUGGAUGGGAGGGGAUCGUGAUGGAAACCCCAGAGUAACCCCAGAAGUUACAAGAGAUGUCUGCUUGUUGGCUAGAAUGAUGGCUGCUAAUUUGUACUUCUCUCAGAUAGAAGAUCUUAUGUUUGAGUUGUCAAUGUGGCGCUGCAAUGAUGAGCUCCGUGUUCGUGCUGAUCAACUCCAUAGUUCAUCAAAGAGGGAUGCAAAACAUUAUAUUGAGUUUUGGAAGCAGAUUCCUCCUAGCGAGCCAUAUCGUGUUAUUCUUGGUGAUGUGAGAGACAAACUGUAUAACACUCGCGAACAUUCUCGUCAAAUAUUAGCUAAUGGGGCCUCUGACAUCCCUGAGGAGGCUACCUUCACAAAUGUUGAGCAGUUCCUGGAGCCUCUCGAACUCUGCUAUAGGUCACUCUGUGCAUGUGGAGACCGAUCAAUAGCUGAUGGAAGUCUCCUUGAUUUCUUACGGCAAGUUUCAACUUUUGGACUGUCAUUUGUAAGGCUUGACAUUCGUCAAGAAUCAGACAGGCACACUGAUGUUAUGGAUGCAAUUACAAGGCACUUGGGUAUUGGUUCUUAUCGAGAAUGGUCUGAGGAACGCCGGCAGGAAUGGCUCUUGUCUGAGCUCAGUGGCAAGCGUCCUCUUUUUGGCCCUGAUCUUCCUAAAACUGAAGAAAUUUCUGAGGUGUUAGAAACCUUCUAUGUCAUUUCAGAACUCCCACCAGACAAUUUUGGUGCAUACAUCAUCUCAAUGGCAACAUCUCCAUCUGAUGUGCUUGCUGUAGAGCUUUUACAGCGUGAAUGUCAAGUGAAAAAGCCAUUAAGGGUUGUCCCACUGUUUGAAAAGCUUGCUGAUCUCGAGGCUGCUCCUGCUGCAGUAGCCCGUCUGUUCUCCAUAGAUUGGUACAGAAACCGCAUAAAUGGGAAGCAAGAAGUCAUGAUAGGAUACUCAGACUCAGGAAAGGAUGCUGGCCGCCUUUCUGCAGCUUGGGCACUAUACAAAGCUCAAGAAGAGCUCAUAAAGGUUGCAAAGGAGUUUGGCAUUAAGCUUACAAUGUUCCAUGGCAGAGGAGGAACUGUUGGAAGAGGAGGAGGCCCCACUCAUCUUGCAAUUCUAUCUCAGCCACCAGAGACCAUUCAUGGGUCACUUCGUGUUACGGUUCAGGGUGAAGUGAUUGAGCAGUCAUUUGGGGAAGAACACUUGUGCUUCAGAACACUCCAGCGUUUUACUGCUGCAACAUUAGAGCACGGAAUGCAUCCUCCUGUGUCUCCAAAACCAGAAUGGCGAGCUCUCAUGGAUGAGAUGGCAGUUAUUGCAACAAAGGAGUAUCGCUCUGUCGUUUUCCAAGAACCCCGUUUUGUUGAAUACUUCCGAAGUGCAACGCCUGAAUUGGAGUAUGGACGGAUGAACAUUGGCAGCCGUCCCUCAAAAAGAAAGCCAAGUGGAGGCAUUGAAUCACUUCGGGCUAUUCCCUGGAUCUUUGCUUGGACCCAAACAAGGUUUCACCUACCAGUAUGGCUUGGCUUUGGAUCAGCGUUUAAGCAUUUGAUUGAGAAGGAUCCCAAGAAUCUCCAAAUGCUUCGAGAUAUGUAUAAUCAAUGGCCUUUCUUUAGAGUAACCCUUGAUUUGAUUGAGAUGGUAUUUGCCAAAGGAGACCCUGGAAUUGCCGCUUUAUACGACAAACUCCUAGUUUCAGGAGAACUACGGCCGUUUGGAGAGCGCUUAAGGUCUGAAUAUGAAGAAACCAAAAGCCUUCUUCUCCAGAUUGCUGGGCACAGAGAUGUUCUUGAGGGAGACCCCUACUUGAAGCAAAGACUCCGACUUCGCGAUUCGUACACCACAACCCUCAAUGUCUUGCAAGCUUACACAUUGAAGCGAAUCCGUGAUCCAGACUACCAUGUGAAGUUGAGGCCACAUUUGUCAAAGGACUACAUGGAAUCAAGCAAACCCAGCAGCAGAACAGAACUUGUGAAACUUAACCCUACAAGUGACUAUGCUCCUGGCCUGGAGGACACUCUUAUUUUGACGAUGAAGGGUAUUGCUGCUGGCAUGCAAAACACUGGCUAAUCAUUUCCUGUCAUGUUUUUCCUUUGAUUUCUUGCUGUGGCUUCGGAUAUAUAUAUAUAUAUAUAUAUAUAUAUAUGUAUUUAAGUUCUUGUAGUCUAUGAUGCCUGUAACAUGAGGAUACUUUCUACCUUAACUUUCAUAAUAGCACAAAGUUGAAUGCCUUUA